CGUGCCGUAUAAAAUAACACCUCCUCAGACCGUCGACGAGAAGCGCGCCGACUGUUGAAAAGUGCUGCGUAGUCGCGAGACUACGAAGGAUCGAUUGGAGCGCGUGUUGACGUCGUCGUCGUCAUCGGCGCGACUAUAUAUCUUCGUGUCUCGCGUGGAUAUACAAUCUCUCUCGGAGUCUUCCUGGUGACGUUUUGCAAAAGAUUAGAGACGGGAUCGCGAUUUUCAGAGCUACGCCGCGAAAUGAUGUAACUCACGCCGAUUCCGCGAAAAUCGGAGUAACAUGCGUUUGAACGCCACGGCGUUACGUAACCAGCCGGCCUAGCUAACGACUAUCGCUUUUCCCGCAGUGCGCCUUAACCGAUACGCCACGGGAAAACAACGCGCGCUUCCAAAAUCCCUCCCAUCUACGAACGUCCAACAACCAGCAACAUUUCAUUUGAGGAAGGAGGUGUUCAUAACGUAUCAAAAUCAUGCAACCGUCAGCCGCAGCCGUUAUCUGUUACUCGUGGCGUGAGAUCGCGGCCACUGAGCGAUGUCACCUCGACGAAGGUGGAGACAAUACCACUCCUAAGUCCCACAAUGGAGUCCGAAUUUUUGAAAGAACCUUGGAUAUUCCCGCACACAAAGAUAAAUUCUUCUACGAGAGAAGAGGCCACCGCGGCAUUUCCCGCUUGGGAGGAGGACUUUCAGGAUCUGAGCAGUUGGUGCAUGGAUACGUUUCAGGCUCAAUGCGAUUUUCAUAUAGGUGAAUCGACUACGUUUAAACUAUCAGGUACAAAAUACGAGGGUAACGGUGUUUCGACUGUAGAAGAAGAGGGGACAUUAAAGGAUUUGAAGAGUACUGAUGAUGAAGAGCUGAAUUUGAAAAUGAAUACCGUUAAGACGAUUGAAGAUUCAAGUGACAAUAGUCAUCUGUUGCUAUCUCCACCGGAACUGGUUAACGAUUACGGAUUAAAGUAUAAUAACGAGGAGAAGAAGGCAACCAGCUCGUGGUUAAUGUCACCCGAAUCUAUAGCUUCUACAAGUACCGCGUCGAGUAAAAAACAUAACGCAGAUGCCGAUGCGUUGCUCCAACCCGAGUAUCGCGCGAACGGCGAUCUGGCUUGCCCGACUUCAUCGUUCGACCCCACCGCAAAUCAGCGCGAAACGUUUGAUGAGCUAUGUACGAUCGAGACGACCGGAUCGGACACGUUCGACCUACUGUCGUACCUCUGCGACGAUGAAAUGCGUUCACUGGAAGGCAGCAUUUCCACCGAUUCCUCAUCCAUGCUGAAACUCAAAUUGCACUCGACGGUGUUGCCACCGUUAUUUUCGCGUACUUCUUCCGCGAAGGUAAAGGAGGAGGAGGAGAUCAACGAACCGACGAUAUCAACACGUCGGAGGAUGUCAACACGUGCAUCGUCGACAGUGACCUCGUCGUCGACCUCGUCGUCGGUGGAAGCUCCCGUAGUGUCAUCUCGUAGAUCAGAGAGGAUGAGGACCAUUAGUACCAAGGCCGCUAGUAACAAGGAAAGGGAGAUAAGCGUUAGAACAAAGACGAGGGACAAGAACGAAAGGAAGAGGUACUACGAAGAGAGCGAUUCCGAGGACGAUUCCGAUAUCACCCUGUUGCAGUAUAGGGAGUGUCGAGAGAAAAACAACGAGGCGUCGCGAAGAUCGCGGAUGAAUAAGAAAGCCAAGGAAUCGGAAAUGACCAUUAAGGCGGUCAAGCUGGAGAGGGAUAACAAGGUACUGAAGAUGAAGGUCGAGGAGCUGGAGAAAUUGGUGACGUCGAUGCGCAACGCGUUAUUACGAUCUGCUUUAAAAGGGGUGUUUUAAGAGUACACGCGUUACUUAAUAUCUAGACGUAUGUACUGUACACACGAGUUGCCGCGCGCGCAAAUUCAUUAAUAACUUAUAUACACUUUUCGUUUUUUUUUAUGGCAUAUGCCAUCUCAUCACGCAAUGUCUACAGGAAUUAUGUAAACUUUAAUGUUAACUUAUUUGUCUUAAUGGGAUUAUAACGACGCACUUGAGGCUUAUUAUUACUCGUUACCUUGAUGCUGUUUUAUCGAGAGACGUUUUUUUAUUGACACAACGUUUCCCUAUAAAUAUCUAUAUCUUGUACAAUUAAUUUGUUCCGACUAAACUAAUCACGGACAAGUGAUAGAUUAAUCGUACUAUUUGCUGCGCAACACGCGUUAAACAUUUAACGUUUAGCUUGCUAUAUGUCGGUACACGGAGAUACUAUAUAUUAUAAGCAAGAGUUUAUUUUGUUAUUACGAAAGA